AUGGGGGGAACUGAAACGACCGCGAGAUCUUUAGCCGUCAUUUUAUUCCUGCUUCUUGACACCCCGCAUGUCUUAGAUCGAGUAAGGAAGGAACUGGCACAGCAUAUGCCCCGGCCUGACUCCCGCAUUUCACUUGCUGAGCUAGAAGCCAUUCCUUAUUUCUCUGCUAUGAUCACCGAAGGCGUGAGGCUAUCUCACGUUGUUUCGAGUUGUAUACCAAGAUACGCCCCCGAGGAAGAGCUCAAAUACAAGGAUUGGACGAUUCCACCCGGCACAAGUGUUAUGCAAUCGCAUUACCUCCUUCAUACUGAUCCCACAAUCUUCCCAGAACCAUAUACAUUCGAACCACAACGAGUGUGUCUCGGUAUCAAUCUUGCUAACGCAGAGUUGUAUCUCGCAGUCGCCUAUAUCUGUGCCCGUUUCGAUAUGGAGCUAUUUGAGACUGAAAGGGAGCGUGAUGUGGAUGUGGUCAUGGAUUCUGUUAUUAGACAACCUAGUCUGGAGAGCAAGUGGAUCAGGGUCAAGAUCACAAGAGAUAGACUCCAGGAUGAGCAAGCUUAG